UCAGGACUGCUCCUCCUCUGAGAAGUGCUGCACUAAUGUGUGUGGUCUGCUGAGCUGCGUGGCGUCCCGUGUCUCUGACGGCUCCUCUGAGGGUCAGUGGGCCGCUGGUGGGUCGGGGGGCAGCGCUGUGUCCUGCGAGGGGUUCGAGUGCCGCCAGCAGGGGGCGGUGUGUGAACUGUGGGAAGGCCAGCCGGUGUGUAAGUGUCAGGACCUCUGCGGGAGUGAGCCCAGCUUCACCUGUGCCUCUGACGGACUCACCUACUUCAACCGCUGCUACAUGGACGCGGAGGCCUGUCUUCAGGGGGUGGAGCUCUCAGAAGUCACCUGCCGGUUCCACCUGUCCAGCCCAAACUCCAGCCCACUGCCGCAGGACCCCACGCCUCCACCUGCGCCGACAGACGCAGACACCCAGACCUCCGCUCCCACCCUGUACUCCAGCCCACAGCAGCAGGUCACUUACCUGGGCGGCACCGUCAGCUUCCACUGCGAUGUGAUUGGCCAGCCGAAGCCAGAGGUCACCUGGGAGAAGCAGUCGGAUGAGCAGGAGCAGGUCGUCAUGCGGGCCGAUCAGAUGUUCGGGAACGUGGUGAUAACCAGCAUCGGGCAGCUGGUGGUGUAUAACGCGCAGGUGUGGGACAGCGGGAUCUACAGCUGUGUGGCGCGGAACUCUGCGGGCGUCCUGCGGGCCGACUUCUCGCUGUCCGUGGUCAGCCAUGCGGAUCAGGACUUCUUCGAUGACCCUGCAGCGGGCCUGCCUCUGGGACGGCCAUUCUCGCCAGCAGACUGCUCUGCGGCUGUGGAGCGCGGCGACUGCGGAGAGAAGCGUGUGGACUGGUUCUUCGAUCCCGCCCGAGGCUCCUGCCACACAUUCACACACGGAGGCUGCGAGGGCCGCAACCGCUUCCACACCUUCGAGGAGUGCCGGGCGUCCUGUCAGCGCGAGGGGCAGGCCGUGUGCUCACUGCCCGCCGUGCAGGGACCCUGCCGACACUGGCAGGCGCGCUGGUUCUACAACAGCCUGACGGAGCGAUGCGAGGCUUUCCUGUACGGCGGCUGCAGCGGCAACAAGAACAGCUUCGGCACGCGGCGCGAGUGUGACGCGCACUGCCCAACACACCGACCGCGGCCCUGCAGGAGCUGCCGGCACAGGGGACGCAUCAUGGACACGCUCUGCAGCAGCGACUUCGCCAUAGUGGGCCAGCUCACAGAACUGAUCCAGGAGCUGGACUCGGGAAUGGCGCGGUUCCACCUGCAGCAGGUGUUGCGGGACGAGAAGAUGGGCCUGCAGCUCUUCAGGACACAACACCUGGAGGUGCUGCUGCCACAGGUGGACUGGAGCUGCCCCUGCCCCAACAUCACACAGCUCCAGCUCCCCCUGCUGGUGAUGGGGGUGGUGCAGGACGGGGCGGCCAUACUGCUGCCCCACAGCUACGCCCGGCCCGUCUCUGAGCGCCGCCUGAUGAAGAUCCACGAGGCUCUGGACAAGAACAUCUGCGGGACGCUGAGGAGACUCCAGGACUGAUCCCGCAGGUAUACCUAUGCACACACAGUCAACACACGGCCAACACUGAGGACCAAACCUGAGGACAUCUGAAUCUGGGAUCAGCGAGAGCAGACGGAGCGGACAAUCAAGAACAUCCUGAUGAGCUGAGAGAAGCUGGCGUCUGUCGGCCUAACAUCUCGACAGGUAAAUGAGUCCCUGCCGAAGACUCUGAGGUGAUCUACAGGAGGCUGGAGGGACUGCAGUGACUGCAGAGUUGGGAUGAGCGGACGGUCGCUGUGUUCUGGGUAAUGAACUCCUCAGAGCUUCUCCUGGAGUUGGACUGAGUCUUCACUCCUCUGGUUGCCGACCGCAGGCUUCAUCAGAGUGCUUCAGGGAUCCCGCUGCUGUGUUCUGCCAGCGGGUGUAUUCUCAGUCAGUGUAAGAGAUGAAGCUGGACGUUGAGCUGGAGGUGUGAGGUGUGCUGGUGUGUAGAAGACACGAUGAGUUCUGCAGUGAAUGACGGUGGUGUUCUGCAGCUCGACACUCACGUCUUUCCUCACUCCUCCACUUCUGUCAUGCGCUCAGGACACCAUGAUCAUUUGCUGUCAUUAGUUUCUGUAGUUCCUCUAAUAUCACUCCUGCAGGACAGAUCUGCUCUGUGUGUGUGUGUGUGUGUGUGUGUGUGUGUGUGUGUGUGUGUGUGUUUACCUGCGUUACAUGUGUCCUCUCAUCAGCCUAUUAUAUUAAAGCAUUCAUUCAUU